AUGUUGGCAGCAUUAGCUGCCCCUCCUUUGCUUGAAACAAUCAAUCCUACUUUGGUCGCGAGCAGUGUCAAUAUUGGCGCUUCUCCUCUCAAUUCCACUGCUCUGAGGGAAGCAUCAGCUCAGGCACUAUCCCUGGCAGGUGCACACAGCAUUCCUCCUCCCCAUGUCUCUGUCCUCAGUCCGCCAAGAAACACAACCGUAGGAGAGAUCGAAGACGUCGAGUACCACGUGCCUGGGACGCAGACGACGCUCCAUAUUAGCUUCCGCCAGGAUAGGCCGCUCCACAGGAAGUCUCUUGGGGGCUAUCUCCUCAUCAUGCAAGACCAGGUUCAAGCGCAUAUCAGAGCAUCAGGGGAUGGCUGGCUUUUGCCCGAAGACGACCCUUAUAGACGAGAUUGGCCCGGUUUCUACUUCAUAGCGAAGAGUUCGCCUCUGCCUCCGGUGGAAGGGAUACCUCAUCUUACUUACGGGAUGAUGAACGAUGCGCUAAAGGGAUUCUUCGAUAUCAUGUACCAUGGUGCACCGAAUACUGGCCCGCUUCCUUUUGGCUGUUAUUGCAACAUAGCGGACGAGAAAGCGGAUUUGGUGGGAACUGCAGCGAUCUGGGAUGCUCCGAUCACUGCGGAGGAUGCUUGA